AUGUCAGAGGUUGUGGAUAAUGAUGACAUUCAAAUCAAACAAUCAGACAACAAUCAUCAAAAUAUAAAUACAGGUCACAAUAAUUUAGAAUGCAAUAUAAGUAAUGGUAAUGACGCUGAAAAUAGUACUGAUGUGGAGGAAAGUAUAUCAGAUAACCAACCACGUUUAAAUAAAGAGAUACCAGCGAAUAGUGACGCCCAAAAUUCUUCCCUUACUCUGUCAAAUGAUGAGAAAAAAUCUUUUGAUGAAAAUUCACCUGAUGAAGAUGAACCUAUAGAUCCAAAAAGUUUGGAUUGGGAUGGCCCAGGUGAUAUGGAUAAUCCUCAUAACUGGCCAUCUUGGAAAAAAUGGUUUACUACAAUGACCGCGGCAUUCCUUUGUCUUGUCGUCUCCAUGGGUUCCUCUUUAUAUGUUUGUUCAGUACCUGAGCUGGUUGCUAGAUAUCAUAUUAACCAAACGUUAGCUCUUGCAGGGUUAACUUUCUAUCUUUUAGGUUUGUCUACUGUUAUUGGUGCUCCAUUGAGUGAGGUUUUUGGAAGAAAACCAAUUUACGUAAUUUCUUUACCUUUGUCCUGUCUUUUCACUAUGGCAGUUGGUUUAAGUAGUGGUCACAUGAGAAUUAUUUUACCUUGUAGAUUUUUAGCUGGUGCGUUUGCAUCUCCUGCCAUGUCUAUUGCAUCCGGUACUAUUAUGGAUAUUUUUGAUGUUGAUGAAAUGUCAGUUGCAAUGACAUUUUUCUGUCUGGCACCAUUUAUGGGUCCAAUUAUUUCCCCAAUUAUUGCAGGUUUUGCUUGUCAAUACGAAAAUUGGCGUUGGUCUCAGUGGAUUCUUUUGUUUGCAUCCGGUUUAAUUUAUCCAUUUAUUCUUCUAAUGCCUGAGACACAUAAAGGUGUUAUCUUGAGAAAGAGAGCUGUUAAAAGAAAGAUUAAAUUAAAGGAGUUCACAAGAGAAGAUCAAAAGGAAUUUUUAAAAAUUACCUUAACAAUCACAGUGUUCCGUCCAUUAAAAAUGUUAGUAGUUGAGCCGAUUGUGCUUGUGUUUUCCAUUUAUGUUGCUUUCAUCUUUGCAGUUUUAUUCGCAUUUUUUGAAGCUUACCCAGUUAUCUAUCGUGGUGUUUAUUUAAUGGAUAUUGGUAUUUCCGGUUUACCUUUUCUAGGUAUUGGUUUAGGUUUAUGGUUAGGGUCAUUGUUAUAUAUUAUUAUUGACCGUAAAUAUCUAUUUCCCAAAGCACCAGAGGGAACACCCGAUUUGGCUCAUCCAGUGUCUCUACGUGUAACACCAUAUAGAGGACACAGAGAUCCAGUCACUAACGAGUUAUUACCUAUCAACCCAGAAAGUUUAUUAUUAUCAUGUAAGAUUGGUUCUAUUGCAUUACCAGUUGCACUAUUCUGGCAAGCUUGGACUUCGAGGCGUGAUGUUCAAUGGAUGGCUCCAAUUGCUGCUGGUGUUCCAUUUGGAUUUGGCUUAAUUCUAAUUUUUUUCAGUGUUAUCAUGUACUUCUCUACGUGUUAUCCACCUUUGGUGGUUGCAUCAGCUAUGGCUGCAAAUAAUAUGUUAAGAUAUGUGAUGAGUAGUGUUUUUCCAUUAUUCACCAUCCAGAUGUAUGAAAAUAUGAAGAUUAAAUGGGCCUCGACUCUUUUUGCUUUAAUCUGUAUAGUUUUGGUUCCAACUCCAUGGAUCUUUGAAAGAUGGGGCUCACAGUUAAGACACAAAUCUCAAUUCGGUUUUGCUGCUAUGAUGAAACAAGCAGAAAUCGCAGAAGAGGUAGAAGAAGAAUUAGAACGUGAUAAUAAAGGUGACGCAGGAUCAUUCUCCACAGCGAGGAUGCAUUCACAUUAUGAUAAUGCAGAGUUAACAUUAGAGAAGUUGGACACUUUACGUUCUAUAGAAACCAGCAUUUCACACCCAGGAGAUGCAGCAAAAAGCACUAAUUCUUUGCGUAAACUUAGAUCACAUAGGUCCAGUACAUCAUUCAGUCAUGUUGAUAAAAAGCAGCAUCAUGUCGAAAGCCAUAAAGAUGAUCACAAUACGGAACGUCCAGAUUUUGAUCAAUUGUUGGAAAGAACUGGCACUGAUGUUGUCUCAGCGGAGGAGUCGAGUAAUGUUUCUUCAUCGUUGGUAUAA